GCAAGAGCUAUCAUAGCUUGGACACUCCUCUCAGCCUCCAUUUCAAGAUUGCCUAGCCCCGGACAUUCUAGACACUUGCGCGAGCUAGCCAUAUCAGCAUGAGUAAUCUUGAGAAAACCCUCUUUCAGUUGAAGUUCACAGCAAAGAACUUGAGUCGGCAAGCCAAGAAGGCACAGAAAGAUGAGAACACAGAGAAAGCCCGCUUGAAGAAGGCACUCCAGCAAGGCAAUAAUGAUGGGGCUCGCAUCUACGCUGCCAAUGCUAUUCGCAAGAAGAAUGAAUCUUUGAAUCUGCUCAGACUCUCCAGCCGCGUAGAUGCGGUGGCGAGCCGGGUGGAGACUGCAGUGACUAUGCGUCAAGUCGCAGGAAACAUGACGUCGGUAGUGAAAGGCAUGGACAAGGCUAUGGACAGCAUGAACCUCGAGAGGAUUUCAAUCGUCAUGGACAAGUUUGAGUCUCAAUUCUCCGACCUUGAUGUGCAGACUUCGUACAUGGAGGAGACGAUGUCCAACACGACGGCUGUAUCCACGCCACAGGAUGAAGUGGAGGCUCUCAUGAAGCAGACGGCCGAGGAGGCGAACAUAGAACUCCAGCAAGAUCUCGCGUCCAAGGCGCUCGCGCCAGUGGCGGAAAUCAAGGAUAAGGAGGCAAUCGGAGAGGAAGACGACCAACUGGCCGCCAGGCUCCGCGCUCUCAGGCCAGCGACAUGAUGUACUCCACAACGGCCGCGGUAUAUGCGUAAUGUGCCUUGGUUGACACAGACGGCGGUGUACG